AUGCGCCAUCACCACCUCUCCGUCCAGACGGACACCCCCGUUGCAUCAACCACCACUCCCCCGGCGACUCCCAGCACGCCCUCAAAGCGAGACCCCGACAAUCUCAACAGAAUCCUACACUACACAGACUCCCUCGACUACCACCACCACCCAGACUCCUCCUCCCCGGUCCAAUUCGGCCACGGCGUCUGGAGCGCCGUCUACAAAGCCUCGUCCCUCCCCGCGCCCCCGUCUACAGGUGCCCUAAUAACGCCACCCGCCUCCCCAGCCUCCAAAAACCGCAUUGUCGCCGUAAAGUCUCCCAUCAGAAAAGAUGCGCACCCAGUGCUCGAAUCCGAAGCAAGGGUUCUCACCCGCCUAACCCUCUCCCCCGGCGCGGAGCGCUACAUCGUCCCGUUUCUGGGCUUCAUACCCCGGAGCCAUGCGCUGGUUAUGGGCGCUGUGCCGCUAGCGCUGUCGAGCUAUAUAACAGAGGCAGCGGUUAAAGCGCAAGAGCACCGCUCGACGAGUAACAUGUUCGAGCCCGUGCUGGGGAAGCGGCGGUGGAUUAAUCUCGCGCGGAAACUAGUCUCGGGACUUGACUGGAUGCACAACACGGCCAGUGUUGUGCAUGGGGAUAUCAAGCCGCAUAAUAUUCUUCUGCGGCGGGUUCCUGCCAUCAGCGAUGGCGGGGAGGAGUUCGUGUAUGAGCCCCUCUACGCGGACUUUUCUUCCGCGCAUGAUACUUGCUCCGCGGCGUCCUCGCCGGCGCCUGGGUCGGCGUUGACGCCGCCGUUUGCGGCACCGGAGUUGCUUUCCGCGGCUGCGUUGAAGGCGCCUGCUGGUGCUCCGCCGACAACUGCUUCUGAUGUGUUUUCGUUGGCGGUGACGCUGCUCGCUGCUGCGACGGGUGAUUUGCUCUUGUACCCUGGGACAAGUCACAUGCAGAGACUUGCGAUGGCGCGCGAAGGGCAUCGGGUUGUUGAGUUUGCGAGGUCAGGUGGGAACGGGAUGAGGGUUCCCCGGGGCGGUGCUGUAGAAAGUGUUGUCAAAGUUGCUGUUUGUAAGCAGCCUGAGGAAAGGGUGCGGGCUGGGGAGUGGGUGGAGUUGAUGAAGAGUGUAGAGUAG